AUGUCGUCCGACCCGAAAUACGACGAGCUCCACAAGCAGCUUUUCGACGAAGGCUUGAAGAUGCGCCGCAGCGUCGUAGGAGAGGAGUACGUUGACAGGGCGCUUGCCAAUGGCUCUACCGACUUUUCGCGAGCAGGACAAGAGCUUGUGACCGAAUGGUGCUGGGGUUACGCAUGGACGCGACCAGGGCUCAGCAAGCAGCAGAGAAGUUUGCUCAACAUUGGCAUGCUCAUGGCGCUGAACCGCGCACCUGAGCUGGCGGUCCACGUUCGCGGCGCCCGCAACAACGGCCUGUCGGAACUCGAGAUUCGUGAAGCCAUCAUCCAUGCGACGACAUACUGCGGGGUGCCAGCGGGCGUCGACGCGAUGAAAACAGCCGAGAAGGUGCUUAACGACAUGGCCGAGAAGGGUGAGAUGCCACGAGAGCUUGGAGACAAGAGCGAGCGGGCGUAG